ACUCUUCAUUCGUAACCGCGGCUCGGAGAUUGUGUUAUUUGCUUAUUUAUGUUGUACAUUUCUCCGUUUGUUCCACUGGUGAAUGAAACAUCUGAAAUUUUAGUACUUUUUCUGGAAAUAUAACAGACAGAAAGAGUUAGAGAAAGAGAAAAAAGAGUGUUAUUACUGGAAAGAAUUGUUGAAAACUGUGAUUAUAUCAAACGACGCAACCAAAUGAUUUAUUUCAAUUCAUAGUAAUAUUUAUUUUUGAAAUAUUACAAAAUUUGAAUUGAAAAGAAAAUAACCGAAAAGUGUUCAACAUGAGUUUGAGUGUAGGCGGCUACGCUCAGGGUUACGCUCAUCCGGGACCUAUGACCCACGAGUUUUACCAGUACCCCCAGGUCCGGUACCCGGAUCACACCGAGCAUCCGGGCUACUACCAGAACUGGAUGCUGAACCCCCAGGAAUUGACGCCCCCGGAUCAGUACAUGCAACUGGAUCUGGCCCACACGAACCCCCUGGAGUAUACUGUACACUACGAGAACGGGGUGAGGUGCGUGAAAAGAAGGAUAACCGCAAACAAGAAGGAGAGACGGAGAACAAUGAGUAUUAAUAACGCCUUCGCGUCAUUGCGGGGUUGUAUCCCGAACGUUCCGUCAGACACCAAACUGUCGAAAAUCAAAACGUUACGCCUCGCUACCAGUUAUAUCGCUUACCUCAUGGACAUUCUGCAAAAAGACGAUCCUUCUGUUAGCGAGCCCGGUUUCAAAGCAGAACUAACGAAAAAGAACGAACGAAAAACGACAGCAGAUGAAAAGAAGAAAGAGACGGACACAUCACCUACUUCAUCCAAUGAAAGCGACAACAGUUCCAUAUCCGAGAAGAAAGAAAAAGGGAAGGGAAGGACGGGGUGGCCGCAGCACGUCUGGGCUUCAGAACUCAAGAAUUGAUGACGUAGUACUCAAAAACAUAGUGCACAUAUUCUGAACAAUUUGUGAUGACACUGGCACAAAUCUUCACUGCGUGACCAUACCACCCACUGCACAGUCGAUAAUUUAUGUUCGAUUUGUUUCAUUACUCAGCGGUACAUCUUGGAACAAGCAGUGUAGCUUAUGCGUUCUGUCUAGUAUGACAGACCUACUGAAUUGGAAACCCUUAUUUUGUGCGUGUGUGUUGUGUAUGACGUAUGACUGAAAACUAUUUAUUAUCCAAUAGUACAUGACCUCAUUUUGAAAUUGUGAUCUCGAAAUAGCGUUACUGUUAUGUAAUGUAUCCUGUUCAUAUAUUUUGACAAUGCCAUUUCAAAUCUCCUGUAGUAUUUAUUUGAGAUGGCUAGCAAAAUAGUAUCCAUUUAUUUUUAUUGUGCCAAAUUUGCAAUGUACACAGCUGCCAAGAUGUCAAGUAAAAUAUUAGACAUUUGUUUUAUAGUGCCAAUUUUCGAAAUGCAUUUCAGUAUAUAAACAUACAAAGACAUUUUGUGAGGAGAUUGUGUAUUUCUUCUGUUUAGUGUGUUUACAGGAAAUAAAUAGACACCUUUUGAUUCACACAUAUAUUUGAAUAUUAAAUAGUGCUCAUCGAUGAUGACUUGGUGAUUAAGUCAUCAGGUUUAAUUCAUAUAGGUAUUGGGUUCAGGGGUUCAUAUCCCAAUACCGGCUCUAAUUAAUAUUUAACUUUUAACCUUUCUCCUGGGUAGACAGCACAGAUAGCUGUUGUGUGCUAUAUUUUUAAUGUUAAAAUGUGUGUAAAAAACCCACCCAUUCACAUGAAGACAUUAACAGACUGCUCUUGUGUGUGUGAUUACUAACGCUAAUAAUGUGGUAGUCUCAAAAAACCUUAGACAGACCGAAUCGCCGGGGUCAGCUCUUAUCUCCCUUGUCACGGCUUAAGGUCACCAUUAUCUCCCUUGCAGAGACAGACUGCUGUGGGGUGGGCACAAUAAUCCGCGUCCAAUUGUUUAUGGACGAAAUACUGUGAGAAAACAACACACACACAUUCACUGUCGGAAGAAUAGAUAUUGCUAUCAAUUAGUUGUGUGGAGUUGUUGUUUUGCAUCUGAAUAUAUGUUAUACAGAAAACUGAAUAAUAAGCUUGGCUGGGACCAUUUGUUACAAUUAGCAGUAUUAGUAUGUAGGUAUUCAGUGAACUGAAAAUACAACUUGUGAUCUGGCUUGGGUUUUUUUUUAAAUAUAUAUAUUUUUAAAAAUAUUCAAAUACCAGUUUGAAUGUUUUCUGGUUUCUUCCCAUCUGAUGCACGAUAUAUUUUGGAGACUCUUGAACUGGUUCAGCAAUUAAUUAGAACUAAUUUCAUAUUUCAACCGAAUUAAAAGGACAGUAACCAUAUAAUGGUUUUAUUAAAAAAUUAUUAUUGCAUUAGUCUUGGUCACCAAACACUGUUAGUAUUAUCUAACAACAACUGUGAUAGCCUGUCUCGAUCAGUUUGACUCCCAGCCAAUCAGAACCGUUACCUCUUAACAUGGCAUGUUUUGUGGGCUUUUCUUCUUUCUUCUUCUUUUUUUUUUUGGGGGGGGGGGGGGGGGGGGGGGAUUUGAGACAAUACUCCCAAACUCUUGUUCCCGCAGGUGUUGGUUAACCGAGACUAAUACUACGUAACUGUGUAAAGACAAAACAAAUCUUCAUUAAAAUUGUUGAAAUACACGAAACUGGAAAAUAUGAAGUAAUAUAAUAAAACGACUGUACAUUUAUUGUUCACCUUCAAAGACAAAACGUGUCGUUAAAUAAAACAUUUCCUUCCUUCAAAGACAAAACAUAUAUCUGUGUUAAAAAGUGUUUGUACGUCCAGGAUGGAGCAGCAACCAUGCGGAGGAAAGUACAACAGAAUGAAAACGACAGAGUGCAUUUACUUGCAUAACUUGGUUUGCUAGUUUGUGUAGUCACUAUUCAUAUGUGUGUUUUGUUUGUUUUGUGUUUUUCACUGCGUGCCAUUGUGUGAGUGUGUGGUGCAUAGACUCAGAUAAACACUUGUUUGCAUCUGUUUUCAUCGGAUUUGAUUCCUAUCUCACUCGAACUGUUCUUAUGAUGUUGAUAUUAUUGUUUCAAAAAAUAAUUUUGAAAGUACGAAAAUAAAUUUUUGUUUGAAAA